AUGGCAAAAAUGAAUGACAGAACUGAGGUGAAAACUUCCCAGCAGAUACAAACGCUGAGCCCCUUCUCGCUAUUUAGGGCACGGGACAGCUUCGCCCAGCCGACCCCUCGCCUGCCGCAGUACGCCCUGGCAGGCGGCCUUGCACAGCCUGUCGAGGGGAACGAACCCUCGCUGAACUCCUCGGGGGCAGCCCGGCUGCUGGCACACUCGCAUUUUUUCGGCUGCGUUUCUCCUGCACCGCGCCCCCCGACUCCAUGGCACCGGGCCGGCCAGUAUAUUUUUGGGGAGUUCAGCCCUGAUGAAUUUAACCAGUUCUUUGUGACUCCACGAUGCUCUGUUGAGCUCCCUCCAUACAAUGAAACAGUUUCAUGUGGUAUUAAGUCCACAGGGGAGGAGUAUCAGAGAAUUGAAUUUGGUGUUAAUGAAGUUAUUGAGACACAGUCAUCUGUUCUAAAUAACACCGACUACAGUAUUUCAAGUACUCUGAAUCCUCAGGCUCCAGAAUUCAUUCUCAGCUGUGCACCUGCUCAGAAAACCCCUGAUGAUACUCUCAGUGAAACAAACUACAACUCCAUUGACUGUCAGUUCACUGAUCCGACCCUCGCUUUGGACAGCGGUUCUAACGCUGAAAACGAUGGCUUGUCUGGAGGCCUUGGACAAAGGGAGCGUAAAAAGAAGAAAAAAAGACCCCCUGGAUACUACAGUUACUUGGAAGAUGUCAGUGACGGCAUCACUCCCACGGAAGCUCUUGUGAACGGCCAUGCGAAUUCAUCGGGACUGAACAGUAUAAGCACGGAGGAUACGGAACUGACGGGAGACAUCCCCUCCCUGGCCACACCAAGGACUUGCAACAGCCCGGACAACUCUGUGGACUUCGUUAAUGAAGCUGUCUCUGAUGAUUCUGUUUCUAGCGCACUAGACAAUACCAGGACUGCAGGGCAGCCUGAGGUAUGCCGUGUUACUAAUUCUGAACAGUUUUGCAUCCCCUCAGAGACUGGCAGAGAUAGCCCUUUAAGGACAGCUGUUGUACAGUCUUAUGCUGGUACUGAUACUACUGAAAAUCUUGGCGUUACUAAUGGACAAACACUUGAAUCCUCUGGUGAGGACACAGCUGCCAAUGGGGUAGAAUUGCACACUGUGGAAAGCACUGACUCAGACCAAGCUAAGCCUGAGGAAGCUUCACCUACUACUGAGGCAACAGUCCCGGUUGCAGGAUCAGUCCCUGUUAAUCAGCCUGCAAAAUCGUGGGCUAGUCUCUUUCACAAUUCCAAGCCCUCUGCUUCCACAUCUGUGGUCUAUGUUGAGACUAAGUAUACCCCUCCUGCCACAUCUACUCUGGUCCCUGAGAAACAGGUUGAAGUCAAAGAGGGACCUGUUCCAGUUUCAGAGGAUCCUGUAGCCAUAAAGAUUGCAGAAAUACUGGAAAAUGUAAGGCUAAUACAUAAACCAGUGUCUUUGCAACCGAGAGGGCUGAUCAACAAAGGAAACUGGUGCUACAUCAAUGCUACCCUGCAAGCCUUGGUUGCUUGCCCUCCAAUGUAUCAUUUAAUGAAGUCCAUUCCAAUGUAUUCAAAAUCACAGCGGCCGUGUACCUCAACACCAAUGAUAGACAGUUUUGUUCGUUUAAUGAAUGAGUUCACUAAUAUGCCUGUACCUCCUAAAGCAAAACAAGCUUUAGGUGAUAAAAUUGUGAGAGACAUCCGACCAGGAGCUGCCUUUGAACCUACAUACAUUUAUAGACUUUUGACGGUUAUAAAGUCAAGUCUGUCAGAAAAGGGCAGGCAAGAGGAUGCUGAAGAAUACUUGGGAUUUAUUCUUAAUGGACUACAUGAAGAAAUGCUGACCCUAAAGAAACUUCUCUCUCCACAUAAUGAAAAACUCUCUGUUUCCAAUGGCCCCGAGGCUCAGACUGUUCAUGAAGAAGAGGAGCAAGAUGAACAAGGGGAAGGCAGUGAGGAUGAAUGGGAGCAAGUGGGACCUCGCAACAAAUCAUCAGUCACUCGACAGGCAGACUUUGUUCAGACUCCAAUUACUGAUAUUUUUGGUGGUCAUAUAAGAUCUGUUGUUUACCAGCAGAGUUCUAAGGAGUCUGCUACACUGCAACCUUUCUUCACCCUGCAACUGGAUAUCCAGUCAGACAAGAUACGCACAGUUCAGGAUGCGCUGGAAAGUUUGGUGGCAAGAGAGUCUGUCCAGGGUUAUACCACAAAAACCAAACAAGAGGUGGAGAUCAGUCGAAGAGUGACACUAGAAGAACUCCCCCCUGUUCUUGUUUUACACCUCAAGCGGUUUGUAUAUGAGAAGACUGGUGGAUGUCAGAAACUUAUCAAGAAUAUCGAGUAUCCUGUUGAUCUGGAAAUUAGUAAAGAGCUACUAUCUCCUGGUGUGAAAAGUAAAAUUUUUAAAGGCCAAAGAACCUACCGGCUCUUUGCAGUUGUCUAUCAUCAUGGAAACAGCGCAACUGGUGGCCACUACACUACGGACGUCUUCCAAAUUGGUCUGAACGGCUGGUUACGCAUCGAUGACCAGGCUGUCAAAGUGAUCAACCAGUACCAGGUGGUGAAGCCGUCUGCAGAACGCACAGCCUACCUCCUGUACUACCGCCGAGUUGACCUGCUGUGAAACUUUCCCCUUUUACGCUGUGUGUGCAAGAUACCUGCUUUGUAGAACGCCAACUAUCACUAACUUUCUUCUCCUGUAAAUGCUCUUUUGAGUGAAUCUUUUUUUUUUCUUUUUUCUUUUUUUCUUUUUUUUUUUUUUUUCCCUUGCAACUAUGGGAUAGAGUGAUAAAGGAAACUACCUUGGGUUUGUGCACAACAUAGUUUGUGUUGACUUUUGACAUUGCAGAAUGAAGUCACUUGGUUGAAAAAGACUGUCUCAUGAAUCACAAAAAUACAAAAAAAAAAUAAAAAAUCUGAGUUAAUGCUGAAUCCUAAGAUAAUAAAAGGGGAUUUGCAUUUGAUUCCCACUUUCUAAUUGCAUAGUAGAAGAAAACCCUGCACCAGCAACAGAACUUGUAGAUUUCUGUGAAAAUGUUUUAUCUUUACUUAAGUAAAAAAAUAAAAAAAUUAAAAAAAAUAAAAAGCGCUCUCUGCUUCCCCAAUAGUUUUUGAUAAGUGGUAAAAUAUGAGCCGAUGUGUAUGAGAUGGAAAUGGUCCUAUGUGCUUCAAAAAAUGUACAAACGUACAAAACGCAGAGUUGCUGGUUCCUAAUAGGAAGACACAUUUUAAUAAUUGUGCGAUGAGAAACUGCUUAAGUACACAUUGCAGAUCAAAUACUUGGAGUUAAGAUGUUAGUCUAUAUAGAUGGGUGAUUGUAACUUUAUUGCUAUUAAGAAAUCUCAAGCCGCAUUUAUGCUUCUGUGUACAUGAAAUUUAAAAAAAAAUGGGCAAAAUAAUUAAGAUUGAUAUUUCUUUAAGUCUGCUUUGUUUAAUUUUGCUGUCUGCUCUCCUAUAAUGUUGAGUUCCUAAUUGUACACAGUUUAGUGAUAUCUAGAAGUAUAAAGUUGUCGCCCAUCAAUAAAAGUCACAAAGUUGGUUUAA